UUCCUGGCGAGGGUGAGGUCGAGGACAAGGACGCCACGACGCAGCUGGUGCUGGGGAAGUGGCCGCUCAUCUACGUGAUCCUCAUCGUCAUGCUCUUCUGGAUCAUCCUGGUCAUCGCCACGCCCUACGUGCUCACGGGCGAGACCUACGGCCGCAGGGAGGACGACUUCGGCGCCAACUCCGUCGUCGAUCAGCAGGACGUGCUUCUGCUCCUGUCGUGGCUUCUCGGCGAGGCUAGCGACGACCCCUCCUGCCUCGAGAGGGUCGUCUGCCUCACGCCAUCCAAGUCGUCCAGAUAUAUCUACGUCUCGUCCAUGAUCUUCAAGGUUCUCAACUUCUUCCAGAGAUGGCUUCCGUACAGCCGCCGGGUCGAGGACCUGCUUCUCCGGCUGGACGACGUCGCCCGUGACGGCUUCUCCCAGGACUGCCAACAGUACUACUGCCCGACUGUCCCCGAGCUGUGAGGACCCCGCGGCAGCCUCCCUCCCUACCCGACGAGCUACCUGAGAAACCUGCCGGAGACCUGCUGGCGUGGAUGCGAGACGAUGCGUGCAGACGACCUUACGUUACGUUCGCUUCGCACGCACGGGGGAAAAAUAUAGAUGUGAAAAAAAGGUUUUAAUGCAUUCAAAGGAAUGAAAGAGCACAUACUCUAUAGUUCAAGGCCUAAGUGAUUGGUAUGUAGACCUUGAUAGACCUAUAGCUCUGCACAAACACUUUGUUCUAUGUGAAACUCACAGAGACUCAGCAGGGUGUCAACGUUUAGCUUCACUCUUUUGAGUUUUAAGUAAAACAGCGAAGGGACGAACAAGAAAACACGUAUAUACCGGUUCGUGCAUUUUCCUGUUAUUCCUGUUACAUUUUGUUAUAGCUUUGUUAUGAUGUGUUCAGCAAGAAUCGUUCGCUGAAGAAUAUAUUCAUUUUGUGGCUCGAGGAGAAAACAGGGAAAGUAUUUCAACAUCUGCCUCAAUUUAUCUUCUGUUCUCUGCAAUUCCUAUUUCGUUCUGCAAAUUGUUUUCGGGCGAGUUUGUCGGUCUUUUAUGCUAAUGGGAAUCGAUUUUCACUUUAAAAAAGAGAGAUGCAAAUAUAUAAAAGUUUUAGAGACAUGUUAAGCACACGGGAAUCAUCAAACUAUUAUUUUUUUUCUAGCCUAACGUCUAAAAGAUAUCACUAUAUAUCUUAAUCACGAGGAAGUUCUUUGCUAGACGAUACGCAAUCUAUGCGGUGGAUCUUAUACCGGUAAAUUAAAACCAACAAACAAAAGAUGCUUAGACAUUUGUACCGUCCAGCUGAGGGAAUUCUUAUAUUCAGUUCACAGUAUUAACUUUGUGCCAACCUACUGGGGUGAAAGAGGGCAUUGGUAUAUUCUUUGCUGUUGUUACACGUUUGGUGGAAAUAUUUAUUUUGCUUGUAUUUAUAGAUAUGUACAUUAUUUUUAUGUUACCUCACUCUUUCUGUACCAUAUUUGUUGAAUAAUUUAUACACACAGAAUGAAAGAUAUUAAACCUAUGUUGCGAAAGAAGAA